CAACAGUCGUUUGCUAAGCGCAGCAGAUUAAAUCAUCUGCAUCUCUAACCUGGUAGAAGGGUGUAGAACGUGUAGAACGAGAGGUGUAAAUGGAUAUAGAUCAUCUAGAUGAUCUAGAUAUCGCCAGAUAUUUCCAUAGCGUUCCGUAGUAAGUCGGGAAUCAGUGAUCUUUGUUUUUCGUCUGUCUGAUUUGCUGUGGUAGAAAGCAGUAGGCUUUUCGCAGUUGGUACCAUAGAAAGCCACAAUUAUUUAUUUCACCCCGGAUUAUAAACAUCGUAUAGAGAUGGAUAAUAGUGAGAGCGGUGACGAUUUGGGAAAUAACUUUCUUACCGUCGAAUCACAAAGCUAUAUGGUUCAGGGAGAAGACCUCGAUGAUGAUGGAGAUGCAGCCCUUACAGCAGAAAACACAGAUGACUCAAAUCAAGGUGGUGGAGACAAACCUGGAUAUCCACUACGAGAACAAGACCGUUUUUUGCCAAUUGCCAACAUUGCCAAAAUAAUGAAGAGAGGAAUACCAGAACCUGGAAAGAUUGCGAAGGAUGCUCGUGAAUGUGUGCAGGAAUGUGUCUCAGAGUUCAUUAGUUUUAUUACCAGUGAAGCUAGUGAUCGCUGCCAUAUGGAGAAAAGGAAAACAAUCAAUGGAGAAGAUAUCUUAUUUGCAAUGACAACACUUGGGUUUGAUAAUUACGUGGAACCCCUAAAGCUGUAUCUUCAAAAAUACAGAGAGGCAACCAAAGGUGAUAAAACCUUGGGCUCUGGUGAGAUGUAUGAGGAAAUGACUGAAGAUGCUUUCAAUGCUCAGGCUUUGGCAGGCAACAUCCUCACAACAGACCAGAAUGGGCAGACAGAGACUGUAAUCUACACAUACCCUGAUCAGAUCCAACAGUUUCAAUUGGCAUGAAGUAGAACUUUAAUGCAGGAUGGUAAACUGUAGAACAGAGCUUCCUGUAUGUUCAGAGACUGCAUGGAUGUUAAGUAACUUUACAUUUAGCCCUUUGUUUCAUGGCUUGAACAGUGGUUCCUGAUAUUUAAAGCAGACUGUGCUGUGAGACCAACUUGCUCUUGUUGAUUCAUAAUUGAUUUAACAGAGAAACCUAACAAGACUGUAUGAUGCAGAAUCAUUGAAUGCAUCCCCAUUUGCAGACGUUUUUAUGUGAAUUUGCAUACUUGUGGAAUUUGUGUUCAGAGGUGAAAAACCAUCAAGACAAAGCAGGGACCGAUUGUAUUUAAGAAAACGGACAUUAAACAUUUCACUGACAAACUUUCUUGCACCAUUUUUGUGAGCAAAAAAAAAAAAAAAAUCUACAAGCUCUACCGUUCCUUAUGACAGCCCAACUCUGGGCACCAGUUGUGCAGUGGCCAGGAAUGGGCUUUCACCAUGGUACAGAAGUAAUGAGAAACAAAAUUUCUGUGUUAGUAUAUUAGUCAUUUUUUCCUUCAAAGGUUUUAAGUUAAUAUACCUAUUUAAAGUUGUAUUUAUUCUUUUGUAGGAGCAAUAUUCACUGAGUUUCAGAGAUCCCCCCCCCACAGUAAAUAAACUAUCCUAUAUAUUUAAAUCUUUGGAAAGAUUUAUUUCAGUUCUAGAAAUGAUAAUUUUCUAAUGCAGAAAUUUUAUAUACGUAGGUAAGUCACUAAUUAUCCGCAAUGUAGCUAUAAAUUUUAUUUAAAUACAAAUAGAAAACUUACAUUAACAUCAUUUUUCAACAUCGUCCCCUUGCUUUUCAACGCACUUGGUCCAUCGUUGCACAAGCUUCAUGAUGCCCUCAGAAAAGAAGGUUUUCGGCUGAGCAGCGAGCCACACAUGCACCGCUUCCUUCACUCCUUGGUCUGAGGUGAAUCGAUGGCCCCUUAAUGCCUCUUUGAGUGGACCAAACAAGUGGUAGUCAGAAGGGGCGAGUUCAGGACUAUACGGAGGAUGAGCCAUUACAUCAAAUUUGAGUUUCCGGAGGGUUUCAGCAGUGUGGGCAGCAGUAUGUGGACGAGCAUUGUCGUGCAGCAACACAACACCUUUUGAAAGUAUUUCUCGGCGUUUGCUUUGAAUUGCAGGCUUUGGCCUGUCAGUAAGCAUUUCACUGUAACGAGCACUGUUUAUUGUUAUGCCCCUCUCCUGAUAAUGUUCCAGUACUGGGCCUUGUGAGUCCCAAAAGUCUGUAGGCAUCAGUUUUCCUGCAGAUGGUUGGCUUUUGAACUUUUUCUUGCUGGGCAAUUGUGGAUGUUUCCAUUCUAUACUCUGCCGUUUACUCUCCGGCUCACAAUGAUGGAUCCAUGUUUCGUCACCAGUGACGAUUCUGUCUAAGAAGACGUCACGUUCGUUACCAUAGUGAUCCAAAUGUUGUUGGCAGAUGUCCAAGCGUGUUUGUUUAUGCAACACUGUGAGUUAUUUUGGGACCCAUCUUGAACAGACUUUAUGAAACCCAGGUCUGUUGUGGAUGAUUUCAUAGGCAGAACCAUAACUAAUUUGCAGACGAUUUGCCACUUCAUCAAUAGUCGCUCGUCUGUCUAACAGAACCAUGUCAUGUGCACGCUCACUGUUGUCCUCAUUUGUGGCUGUGGAUGGUCGUCUGGCUCCUUCCUCAUGUGUAACACUUGUGCGACCAUUUUUGAAUUUUUCAAUCCAUUCGUAGACACUCCAUUGCGGCAAAACACUGUUCCCAUAUUGUGCUGAAAGUCUUUGAUGGAUCGCGGCCCCUGAUACACCUUCCGACCACAAAAACCGGAUCACCGAUUGUUGCUCUUCUUUGGUGCAAACAGAAAGCAGAGCAGCCAUGAUUAAUAGCAAGGCAGCGAUGAUGGAACUGACCUAGCAACAUCAAAUGUGCGCAGAAACAGUGACAAGGAAACCACGCAUGGCGAUGUUGUGCAAAACGACAGUGCUGCCAACAGAAACACAGAUACAACUGCAUUGCGGAUAAUUAUUGACUUCCCCUCGUAUAUUCAUAGUUUAUUCCCGAACAUAAAUUUUUAAAUACCAUAUUUUUAUCCCUAAUUUUUAACCACAGAUUCUUGGUUCAACAGGUAUGAAUUUAUUUAAUCAUGUAACUUGUGUGUUCUUUGAAUGUAUACAUUAUCAGUUCAAACAGUUGUAUGCUGGGACUUCCAGAGUGAUGCACACAAGCAUUUUGGCUUCCUAAAUUGUCUGUGUGCAGGAUUGUGGAUUUAGUGUUGCCAGUGGAUAGUUUGGUUAGGCUGUAAAGGAGAGGGCAAGAGGCAAGCACUAUGAAAGAGCUCAGAUCGGAGGCAUCCACAAGCACAAGAAUGUGUGUCGAAGAUUUUAUAAGACUAAGGGACUGCUGAAUUGUGUUCAAACAUUUGAUUAUCCUUUAGUCUUCAGAUCUCAUGUAUGAUUUGCAGUGUGUAACGCAAAUGUGGGAUGUUGACUGCUACAGUUUACUUUGACCCUAUAUGGGAGGAGUUGUAUCUAUUCAAUUCAGUGGUUUGGCUAAGUUUUAGCUUGUUUGGAAGUAUUUAGUCAAAUGAAAAAGUGUAGCCUGCAGUGACACUACAUUUCAUUUAUGUUAAUAAAAGCACAGGAAAUUGUAUUGUAAAUUAAGUGAUGUGGCUAACAGAACAGUUAUUUUUUAAUUUGGUCAAUAAAAGAUUAUUAAUGUUAAUAAAACCCGAAUUUUGUUUAAUCCAUAGAAAAUGUAGUUUGGUGUAAAUAGAUUCUCUCCCUCUGAUUGGCGUUAACAAAAUCUCUUGAGAAUUCUUACUACAGAUUUUGAGUACAGAUAUUCAUCAUUAUCUGCAAUUUGAACAAUGUGAUUUAAUUUUAAUAUGAUCAAAUAAUUUAUAACAAUCUUAAUAAAACUGAAAUACAUAACUAACUAAUUAAAGUAGUAGUGCUUUCUGCAAUGAGUGGCAGGGAUGUGGGAAUUAAAGUAUUAUGUGAGAGGUGAUGGAGGAAUGCAAGGGGAGAAAGAGAAAUUUGGCCCAGCCACUCAACCUUUCUGGCACAUGUACUGUUGUGUGAGAAAUCGAAGGUUGGGAGCAACUAGAAAUGGAGAAUAUUGUAAAGACCUGAUGGCCAACAGAUUAUCAAAUACCUCUAGUGAAAUUUUACCAUUAACUUCCAUGACCGUGAAUACAAAACAAAGUACUGAUGAUUUUUUUCACCAAUUCAAUCCCCUUCUGUAUCACCACAAUCACCUGCUUCAUCAUUGUCUUUACGGAUCUCACUGACUCAUCCAUCUAUGUAGCAAGCUGUCUUUUUUGUAUUUUUGUAUUUUUGUUAAUAUUUACAAAUAUCAACUGUAUCAGUCAUCUAAAAUAUGUUUAGCAAGUUUAAAGUACAUGUUGUUAAUAUGUUUUUAAUGUUUGAGAGUAACAGAGAGACAGAUUUUGUUGCUUAUUGUGUGUCAUUGCUAACAACUAUUUAAACGUGUUUUGGAAAUUAAUCGAAUUUUGUAAUCCGACAGAAUCUUCACAAGAGAUUACUUGGUAAUUAUGUUAUAUGCAUUCCCUAAAAGUUUUAUCAAACUCCCAUUGCUCAUAAACUUAUCCACUCUGGUGUUAAGCUUUGAGUACCGGAUUUUAUCGGAUGGCACAUAAACUGAUAUUUCUGCACAUUUGCCCACCAGUGUAGAUGGAGUCACAAGUUGUAAGUAAUGUUAGGAAGAUAUUAUGAAGGGUGAAGAUAUUUUAUAUUUUUAGAAACAGUUUGUCUGUGGCUCCUUGACUUGUUGACUGUAAUCACUAGUGACUUAACUGGAACUUGUGAAAUGUAUAUUUGCUUAUCUUAAAUGGGUUAUUGACUGUUGGUUUCGUCUUUAUCUACCUACACCAUAAUUUUUUAUAUUUUUGAUAAAUAUCAAUAGUUUACCACAUCAGAUGUCUUAAUCUUUUGUUAAUAUGUGUUUAUUUAUAGGGUUAUUAAUAAUACAGUGCUAUGUAAUCAGAGAUAAAUGACAUUAUUCAACAGAGGCUUUGAAAGCAUUUUAUUGGAGAUACAAAUUACUUAAGAUAAAAAAUAGCAUCAUAAGAAGUGGCGAUUCAUAUCUGAAAAUCAGUAAUGUCUUGGCAUGUAUGUGAUAAUGUACAAUGAAAUCCCAGUUCAGUGUUUCUGCAUUUAGUGAAUAUUUUUCCCGAUCCCUGCCAAAAUCUGAUAUAAACAAACCUAUUAUUUUCUCA